AUGGCUAUAAAGUGUAUCCAGGCGAAUAUCAACCACUGUGCCGCGGCGCAGGAUCUAUUGCUCCAGUCCAUGGUUGAGUGGGACAUAAAGGCGGCGGUAGUUUCGGAACCCUACUUUAUCCCAAACCGAGACGACUGGGUGUCGGACCAGGACAAGACAGUGGCCAUUAUUGUCCCUGCUCUAGCCGGAUCGCUAGCCAUCGAAAACUCUGUGAGGGGUAGUGGGUUUGUGAUGGCUGUCACAGGCGGCUUAGGCAUCAUCGGGAUAUACUUUUCUCCCAAUCGUGCCCUUGCCGAGUUUGAACGGAUGCUCACAGAAGUUGGAGCCUUGAUAGGGCAAAUGUCUCCUAUCCCGGUGUUAGUGGCUGGAGAUUUCAAUGCAAAGUCAACGGCAUGGGGAUCUCCAGCAACAGACAUCCGGGGCGAGGUAUUAGAAGAGUGGGCAAUCUCGCAAGGGCUGACUGUCCUCAACACCGGGUCGGAGAGUACAUGCGUGCGGCCUCAGGGUGAGUCCAUCGUGGACGUUACCUUUGCGUCCAACGCCCUGGCUUGCCGCGUUCGUCACUGGAGGGUGGAGACUGGCGUGGAGACACUAUCGGACCACCGGUAUAUACAGUUUGAGGUCGCAACUGUACCCGCCACUCCAAGACAAAACCGACCCGCUGCAGGGGACAGUCCAAGAUGGGUGCUGUCAAAACUUGACAGACAGCUGGCAAAGGAGGCGGCCAUAGUCGAGUCCUGGGGGCUCAUAAUGAGCCAAACCAGGUCGACCACGAAGCGGAGCUUCUCGCUGCCGCUCUAA